AUGGCGUCAACGGCGUUUAUUACAUUGAAACUUUAUGCUACGGAAUUAAACCUUUUUAAAACAACUUCAAGCGAUGAACAGAGUUUUCAUCGAGAACGGCUUACAACACGAAUCUACAUUUUUUCAUUGAUGAGUCUUCUUAUUAUUGUUGGUAUUGUCGCUGGAUCAGUUGUACGAACAGCAAAUGAAAUAGAAUAUAUACCUUCACAAUCGAAGUUUGUCUAUUUGGUGAAACGUUAUCCAUCUACUCUAAAAUGUCCAUGUUCAAAAACCGGUAUUGCUUAUGAAACAUUUGUUAACACUCAUGCCAACUUUCACCAAGUAUGUUCGAGUGACUUUAUUACACAAACAUGGAUUGAUUUGGUAUUUACAAAAAUGAAUACAAAUUUGUCAACUACCUAUGACAUUAAAAACUAUCUGAGCUUUUUUUGGCAAGUCAUACAGGAUUUUUGUCACAUUAGUAAUACAACUUGGAUCAGUGCUAGGGCAAGUUUUGGUGCAUCAUAUAUUGUCAGUCCAAUGGCGGUUGCUGAAGAUGUCAUUCGAAAGCAAUCUGAAGAAGCUCUUAUAAAUCACAUUUCAUUGGCUCAAACAACUGUGACUCGUAAUUUACUUACUAUUCGCAGCACCAUAAGUGGUAACAAAUUCAUAUCUGCUCUAGCUACCAACUUUCACUUAACAUAUCUCCCAUCAAAUUCAGAAAAUGAAAGUUUUCCAAAAAUGCUCCCAAGAGAAUACAAUAACUGUUCCUGCUUGACUAAUAUUAGUUGUCCACAUCCACUCCUCAUCAACAAUACUGAUCAUCAUUUAGUAGUAGUACCAGGACUGAUCGCUGACUGUUUGAUUGUCGAUGCUACACUUUCUUCAACAUUUGAAUGCUAUUAUGAUCCGACAUGUUUUGCUCUAUUGCAUAGCGAAUUUAUUACACAAAUGAAAUUAUUAUCAAUUAAUUCCAACAAACAUUUUCGUAUAAAUAUGACUGUGGAAAUGCUUCUCAAUGAAUUAAUGAUUGAUGAAGUGAUUAGUAAAAUUACUUUUGAUUCAUUUUAUCAACAAUGCAGCCCUGCUCAUUGUUCAUACAGUUACAAUCAACGGUUUUCCCCACUUUAUAUCGUUACUACAAUGAUUGGCGUGUUUGGGAUCCUCUCAUUCGUAUUACGACUUAUUAUUCCUCGUAUAUUAUCAGUUAUCCUUCGUUGGCCUCAGAGAAAUCUAACAUCAGCAGAUAUGCUACGGAAUGAAAUCCACUCUCGGCCACGGUUUCUUGUCUCUGAAGAUGAUCAGAUUGUCACGAUUGACCGUCCAUCACUGAUUACAUAUGAGAAGUUGUAUGAUCAACAUUCAUCUACAAUACAGUGUCCUUGUUCACAACUAGCAGUUCCUUAUGGUACGUUUUCAAAUGUAACAUUUAUUUUACAUGAAGUGUGUUCGAGUGAUUUCGUUUCAUCAAAAUGGCUCAAUUAUCUUAAAUUAUUCGAUCCAAAUAAUGUACCAACUUGGACAGAAACAGACUUUUCACGCGACUUUCAUUGGCUGUAUACCUUUGGUUGGAUUCCUCGCGUCAAAGAUUAA